AUGGAUGCUGAACACAGUCAGAUUGGGUUUGAAAUAGAGGCGCUACAAAGUUUACUCAUCAUAUCAGACCCAGAUUUUGAAAACAAUCUAUUCACCAGAACACCAUCAAACUCACCAUCCACCAUAUUGACCAACCCAAUUUCAAUUCUCCCACAAUCCACCACACCUGUUAAUCCACCAACCAGCACGUCACAGAGUCCCAACACCAUAGACACGUCACAGAGUCCCAACACCAGAGACACAACCCCAACCUCCACCCAGACCCAACCCAGUACCCUAAUCGUGUCUCCAACCGCCAUCCCAAUCCACACCCAAAAACACCUUCACCCUAACAUCCCCAACUACAUCCCAAGCAAUCACACCACAAAAUCCACAAACACACCAAACCACCAACAUAUCCCAAGCACCUAUCACUCCCACCAACACACACCACACAACCACCAUAUUCAAUAA